AUGGUUGUUAUGACAAAUACUAAACGAAAAAAUCUUUGCAAUGAAAGAGCUAUCGCUUCUGGAAAAGUGCCGGCUCCACAUGAAGAUAAUUUUCAAACGCUUAUGAUGUUCAUCCGUUCAAAUGCAUUGCGACAACUGACUAAACUCCAGAAAAAAAGAUUGAGUGGAUACGAUGUUACAUUCACAGAUUUGGAAAUCCAAAAAAUGAAGGCGCAGAUCUAUGAGACAGCAAAAUCAAUCAUGUACUCAAAAAGUAAAGCAAAAAAACUACUUGGAGAUCAAGCUGAGUACAAUACAUAUCUUGCUACUGUUACAGACGAUCAUUACAAGAGCGAUCUUCUUAAAAAAUUAUCUAUGAGGCCAGUUAUUAUGAAACAAACUGUCGAUCUUGAGAUCUUGGAGUCCGCUUCAGCGACAACUACUGGCGCAAUCGUUGAAACAGAUACUGUCACUGAUAAAAUUCAAGGUGAAAAUGAUUGCGACUUACCAGAUUUUUUGCGUGAAGAAGAUGAAAUGGUGAAUCUCACGCCCGCACCGCCGACCAUCAAACAUGAUGAACAGAUCGAUGACUCGGAAAUGAGACCGUUGCCGAUUUCCAGACCAUUGAAAAGAACAAUUGAUAAAAUCCACGAUGCUCCGGCUCCGGCAACUGGGCGAAAGAAGUCCUCUCAGCCGCGAAAAAUGGUCGAUCUUGAAGCUCCUGAUGGUUCUAGCUCUCAGGCAGUUUCCUCCAGUAACGAUUCGUCUAUUUCCGAUAAUGGCUCCGUUGAUCUUUUUGGAAACGCAUUCGCCUCUCAAUCUUCAUGCAUCUCAUAUACUGUCAAUGAAGACGGUAGUCUCGUUACUCAAUCUUGCAAUCAUUCAUCCAGCUCAGGCGGAGUUGAACGGCUUAAAAUAACUGAUAAAUCAAUGAAAAUGGUCAAAAAAAGGCUUGGCAGUACUCAUGGGAAUCGACGACUUGAAAAAAUAGGGAAAUUUUUCGCGGUCAAAAAUCUAUGGGAACUUAAAAGAAGAGAACAACUGUCUCUCACAACAAUUCAAUGCUUUAUCGAAAUUUUGAAUGGUCAGCUUCUCAAGGCCAAGUCAAAAAAUGUUUGUCUGGAUGUCGGAUUCUUUGAAUCGCUCAAAAACUCACCUUUGCCAGAGGAAUUCGAUCCGAGAAGUUUUGACGAAAUAUUCAUCCUGAUUCCUCUCUCUGCGUUCUAUCUUUAUCACAUGACUCUUCUUCGAAUUUCGAUCAAGAACCGAAUCAUUCAAAUACUUGACAGUGACAUCGACAAGCUAAAUGAAGAUGAUUGUUACAGGAAUCAGUCAGUAAACGUAUAA